UACCCGAGCACCAUAGUUCCUACCCGGCGCCUAGCCUGCAUCUGUUUCUCCUCACUCGGGUCCCACUCCAGGCUUCCCAAGGACUAACCAUUUCGUCGUGGAAGGAGGAGAUAAUGUAGCUAUUGAGAGAAUACUUUCCGAGAACAAUUGGCAGAAAACGGACGGAGGACCAAAAAUCCAGGACUUCACUUCUAGAAAACCUUAGCGGCGGGAAACCGGAAGUGCACCGUGCGCGCGGCUCUUUUGAGCCGGAGAAAAAUGGAUCGGUACCUGCUGCUGGUCACUUGGGGGGAAGGAAAGUUUCCGUCGGCGGCCAGUGCGGAGACCGAGCCCGGGGCGGAGGUGACUUCCCUGGAGAGCACAGAGAAGCAGCCACACUUGACAGCAUCAAGUGUUUACCACCUUCUGAAGAGAAGCAUCUGUGCUUCAGUCCAUCCAGAUGAUAGUACAUUCCCCGCUUGUUCAGUGGGUGGUAUACCUCAUUCCAAGAAGUGGUUCUUUGCAGUGCAAGCAAUAUGUGGAUUUUAUCAGUUUUGUAGUUCUGAUUGGCAAGAAAUACAUUUUGAUGAUGAAAAAGAUAAAAUUGAAGAUAUUCUUCAAGCAAAUAUAGAAGACUGCUUGAGUGCUGUUGAGUGCUUUGAAGAAGAAGACAGUAAUAGCAGGGAAUCUGUGUCCUUGGCUGAUCUUUAUGAAGAGUCAGCAGAAAAUCUGCAUCAGUUAUCAGACAAGCUUCCUGCUCCUGGUAGAGCAAUGAUAGACAUAAUAUUGUUGCCUUCUGACAAAGAUCCUCCUAAACUAAAAGAGUGCUUGCCUGCUGUAGGAGCAUUGAAACACCUGAAGGAAUGGCACUCAGCAAAAGUCACUCUGGCAGGAAGUCACUGUGAAACAAAUUGUCAGAAAAUUGCCGAAUAUCUCUCUGCUAAUGUUGUAUCUUUAGAGGAGCUGAGAAAUGCUAUUGACUCAAAGGAAUUAUGGAGGGGAAAGAUCCAGAUAUGGGAAAGAAAGUUUGGAUUUGAAAUUAGUUUUCCCGAAUUUUGUUUAAAAGGACUUACCCCUACAAAUGUUAGUUCAUCUAAUUUAAGUACUUGCUUUCUUGCCAAAAAGAUAACGACAUCAAAGGAUAAGAAUAUUUUGCCGAAGGUUUUCCAUUAUUAUGGCCCUGCUUUAGAAUUUGUGCAGAUGAUAAAAUUAUCAGAUCUACCCUCCUGUUAUGUGUCAGACAUGGAAUUAGAAUUAGGAUUGACAGGAAACAGUUCGAGACAGAAUUCUAUAUUGCUGUUGGAACAGAUUUCUACUCUGUGUGGCAAGGUCGGUGCUCUUUUUGUAUUGCCGUGCACUGUUAGUAACAUACUUGUUCCCCCUCCCAACCAACUCAGUUCAAGAAAAUGGAAGGAAUAUAUCACUAAAAAGCCCAAGACAAUCAGUGUUCCAGAUGUGGGUGUGAAAGGAGAGUCUUGCAGUUAUUAUCUCUUGUUGCAAGGCAGUGGCAACAGGAAGUGCAAAGCCACAUUGCUUCAUUCAGCCAACCAGAUCAAUGGCUCGUUUGCACUCAGUUUCAUUUAUGGAAAGAUGAAAACAAAGACAGAAGAAGCCAAAUUGAGUUUCCCGUUUGACUUCUUAUCACUUCCAAGUUUUUCUGAGGAGCAGGUUUUACAGAGAGAGAAACAGUUAGCUAAUGUUCAAGUUUUGGCCUUGAAAGAAUGCUUGAAAAGGAGAAAGUUGGCCAAACAGCCUGAAGCACUUUCUGCUGAUGAACUGAAAAGUCUGUUGACACUCACAAGGGAGCGCUUUUUAGACCACUUUGAUGCUCUUAUCCCUACAUCAGUUUUAACACAGACAGACAAAAUUAAAACCUCCCGUAUGUUAAACGAUGCUAGUGCAGUAGAGAUUGAUUCUUCAAGUCUAAUGGAAACCAAUCCUCUGGAAUGGCCAGAAAGGCAUGUUCUUCAGAAUUUGGAAACUUUUGAAAAAGUCAAACAAAAAAUGAGAACUGGUUCAUUACCUCAUUCAUCUGAACAGUUGCUGGGCCAUAAGGAGGGUCCCCGGGACUCAGCCACAUUAUUGGAUGCUAAGGAACUGCUGAAAUACUUCACUUCAGAUGGAUUUCCAGUAGGAGAUCUGCAGCCAUUACAUGUUCAAAGAGGGGAAAAGGCUUUUGCUUUGACACCAGAACUUAGUCCUCGGAAACUUCGGGUCUUACCAUUUGAAAAAGCCUCAGAAUGUCAUUAUCAUGGAAUUGAAUAUUGCUUGGAUGACCAAAAAGCAUUAGAAAGAGAUGGGGACUUUUCUGAACUUCAAUCUCGUCUCAUUCGUUAUGAGACCCAAACUACCUGCAGCAGAGACGGCUUUCCUGUCCCCACUUUGCUGAGCCCUCUUCCAUCUCCUGCAGUUCUGUCAGAGCCCUGGAGUGUCCCUGACGGAGAAGCACUACAAAGUGAACUCCGCACUGACAGAUCUGGAUUGAAACGAAGAUCUAAAGACCUGAAUUGCCUUUACCCCCAGAAAAGACUUAUGAAAUCAGAAAGUUCUGACUGUCUUCUCUCUCAAACAAGUGGCAAUAGUAAUCUUCAUCGUCGUCAUGGGGUGGCAUCCAGAAAGCCACAGACAGAGGUGUCACUGGCUGUGCUUCCACCUGCGAGUCAUGAAGCUUCAAAAGUCACUACCAAGACCAGCUCAAGACAGAAAUGUGUACGUGACUCAAAAACAUCAAAGCAAAUUAAGGAGUCACGAUCACAGAAGCAUACUCGGAUGCUGAAGGAGGUUGUGACUGAGACCCUGAAGAAACACCGGGUCACUGAGGCUCACGACUGCUUCUCUGCCUGCAGCCAACGACUCUUUGAAAUCUCCAAGUUCUACCUAAAGGAUCUUAAAACAUCAAGGGGUCUAUUUGAAGAAAUGAAGAAAACAGCAAACAACAAUGUGGUACAGGUGAUUGACUGGGUGUUAGAAAAGGCAAGCAAGAAGUGAUGAACUGUCUGUACGUCAGUUCCAGGCUGGGUGGAGCUGUUGUUUACUACUUCAUGCCUUAGAAAACUGCACACAAAAUUUUCAUUUUACUCAAAGAAUAGAUGCUACAUUUCUAAAGAGGAUCCUUAGUGUCCUAAAUCUAUAUAGUUUUAGUGAUGCUCAGUUAAUGGAGUUUUUAAUUAUUGCACUUAUUCUUAUAGUUUCACUGUAUUUUAAGUUUUUAAGUUAUUUUUUAUGUUUUAAAAUUUUUACUCUUGGUUAUUUAAU